CACCGUUUGAUGUGACUGAGCAGCGGUUGUCCCAGUCGCAGAUACAGAUUCUGGUUACUAAGAUACUUAACCACUUAAUUAUUAGACAAUUCGCAAGUACGGCAGCAUGAACAGCACGCGCCAUGGUCGCAGAUUGCUCAGCAUUUGGAGUGGACUAAUAGCACUAUUGUGCCUAAACAAGAUCGCCUCGGACAUGGUGAUGGUUUCAGCAGUUGCCUACUACACAGAGAAGCCUGCCUUUCUGCCAUCUUGUCGGAUCUACGAGCCGGGCUUCACCAAGUGCUCCACUAAUAGCAUCCAGAAGCUUCUCGAUCAGUUGAACAUUGGAAUACCAGAGGUGGUAGAGAAGUUCGGUCCCUUCGAUCCCAUGCGAGUGAGAGAUAUAGUCUUCAAGCAGGAUAACAACGAAGUGGCCACCAUCAGAGCCAAUCUGACCGAGUUGGUGGUCAAGGGAUUUUCCAAAACAAUUGUAAAGGAGAGUCGUGUCAGCAAGAAAGACUUUGGCUGGCAGACCAAAAUAUUUCUUCCGAAAAUGAGAUUGGAUGGCAAAUACGAAAUGGCAGGACGUAUACUGCUCAUACCGCUUAGUGGCUCUGGCAAAAUCUUCAUAGAAAUCGAUGAUCUUGACAUUUUGCUACUAACAAAAACCCGUCUGUAUGAAAAGGGCGGCUUCACCUUCGACAACGUGACCGCUGUGCGUGUCCAACUGAACCUGACCAAGGUGCGAACUUACCUGGACAACCUAUUUAAUGGUCGCAGCAAGGAGGUUGAGCGUAGUACAAAUGAGUUUUUCAACGAGAACUGGCGUGAUUUCUACGAGGCUCUAAAGCCACUAAUCGUUGAAACGGUCGAGAACAUCCUCUAUGAUGUAAUGUCCACGGUUUUCCACCUCAUACCAGCCAAUUUCUUUGUAGAAGACAUACCAACUCCUCAGCAACUGUAUGGUCCAAAGGAGGCAGUUGGUACCAAGAAUAGUUGAGUGACAUAGCACGUUGUUCAUCCACAGAACGCCAUUAAAUUUCGUUGUAAGUUAUUAAGUUGUUUCAUAAAAUAAAAUCGGAAAAAAACUACCAUACAGUUUCUAAAGCAUAUUUAUAACCUUUAAUGAAUAAUGAGAAUAUUAAUGGUUUUUAGUUUAAGAUCACGCUCGAAUUAUAUCCACUUUAUUCCGAGAAAAAUAGACGCCCAAUUUCCUUUCUGUAAAAAUAGGAAAUCAAUAAAGUUUUCAAAGAGCUAUGAUAAUAA